CUCCUGAGAAGAAUGACUGCCAAGAAUUCCUCUGUGACAGAAUUCAUCCUUGCAGGCCUGACAGACCAGCCAGGACUCCUCAUGCCUCUUUUCUUUUUGUUUCUAGGUUUUUAUUUGGUCACUGUGUUGGGUAACCUGGGUUUGAUCACCCUAAUUGGGCUGAAUUCUCACUUGCACACCCCCAUGUACUUCUUUCUCUUCAAUCUUUCCUUAAUAGAUUCCUGUUACUCAUCCACCAUCUCCCCGAAAAUGUUGAUGAGUUUUAUUUCAAAUCAGAACAUUAUCUCACACCCAGGGUGUAUGACCCAGCUUUUUUUCUUUUGUUUCUUUGUAAUCUCUGAGUCCUUCAUUCUGUCAGCCAUGGCAUAUGACCGUUAUGUUGCCAUCUGUCAUCCCCUGAUGUAUAUGGUUACCAUGUCUCCCAAGGUAUGUUUACUCCUUUUGCUUGGUGUAUAUUUAAUGGGCUUUGUUGGAGCCAUGGCCCACACAAUAUCCAUGGCAAGACUGACCUUCUGUGCUGACAAUCUUGUAAACCACUACAUGUGUGACAUCCUUCCCCUUCUGGAACACUCUUGCACCAGCACCUAUGUGAAUGAGCUAGUAGUCUUUAUUUUUGUGAGCUUUGAUAUUGGUGUGCCCAUUGUCACCAUCUUCAUUUCUUAUGCCCUCAUCCUCUCUAGCAUUCUUCGUAUGCAUUCCACAGAGGGCAGGUCCAAGGCCUUCAGCACCUGCAGCUCCCACAUGAUUGUGGUUUGUCUUUUCUUUGGUUCUGGGGCUUUCAUGUACCUUCAGCCACCUUCCAUAUUGUCCCUUGACCAAGGAAAAGUGUCUUCCUUGUUCUAUACCAUCGUAGUACCAAUGCUGAACCCUCUGAUCUAUAGCUUGAGAAAUAAAGAUGUUAAAGUUGCUUUGAGGAAAACCUUGAGCAAGAGAAUAAUAUUUUGA